UUGAUAUUUCAAACAAGCUUGCAGUAUAUCGCUAUUAUGAUUAUUUUAGCAUUACUCUUCUUUCAGUGUAUAACCGCUUUGGAAGGGCAUUGUUGCAUUUCUUGGACAAAAAACAAUUACGUAACAGACAAAUAUCGUAAUACUGUAAGUAUAAGCAAUUCCACGAGCACCUGCACCCUGAGGGAAUGUAUGGCAGUAUGUACUGGUGACCCGGACUGUAUGUCUGUUGGUUAUGACGAAGGGAAUUGUUUAUGUUACGUGUAUAACAAGUUGUCUACAUCGAAGUCAGCCAGUUUUGUAGAUAUACCAGGCUGGCAACAUUUUGAUAUACAACAAGGACGGGAAACAGAAUUGGAGUUGUGUACAUUUGACUUCGAAUAUGAGGGUUCAAACAUCUUAUACAAAGAAGUACAAAAUUAUCCGGAUAAUAAAGGUACCAACUUUGUUGUUGCUUUUAUGGAGAAUUCUCAAAAAUCUUUACCUGUGGAACUUUUUGUAACGACCGCUAAACCAUACGAAAUCAAGGUAAUCGUGACGUCACCAAAAUGGACAUCGCCUCCUGUCUACGAAUCAUUCACACUGACUUCAGGUCAAACAAAGCAGAUAUUUAUCAGCAAUGAAUUUCGAAUGUAUGGAAUAGACAGAAGUAAAAAAGCUUUAAGCGUUUCUGCUAGUGAUGAGAUUAUCGUAUACGGAGUCAACAAAGAGUUGUACAGCUGCGAUGCUUUCUUAGCGUUCCCAGUAGAUGUCUUGGGAACGGAAUAUUAUACAGUCUCACAUUUUCCCUCCACGUACGCUACCGAGUUCCUCAUAGCCGGUGUAUUCACAGAUACUGAAGUUAAUAUAGCUUUGAAAUUGAACAACGUUCAUACAAAGAUUGGGUUUGAAAAGAAGUUUUAUGCUAAUGGAGACGUUAUAAAUGUUUUUAUGGACCCUUACGAUACUGUUCAGAUACAAACUAUGGCUGAUUUAACGGGAACCAAAAUAACAUCCAGUCAACCCAUUGUUGUAUACAGUGGAAAUCGACGCACAAAUGUCGGAACUGGUAGAAGCAUGGAUCAUUUAGUCCAGCAAAUGAUGCCAACCAUUACAUGGGGAAAACGAUUCAUAACAUUGCCUAUUCCGACUCGUACGACAGGGGAUUUCUUUAGGUUUAUUGCUAGCGAGAAUAACACUGUCGUAAAUAUAACUGGGUUUGACUAUCAGCUAAAUCAGAACAUUUCCUAUACGUUAGUUCUACAAAAUCCUGGAGACUAUAUAGAAAAAUACCACUCUUCGUACUUCUACAGUCUCGUUGUGUCUUCCAAACCAAUCUCGUUGUUCCAAAUCGUAUCAAGCCAAGUUGUUGAGAUGGCGGAUCCAGCAAUGAUCCAAAUUCCUCCCAUUGAACAAUUCGGUGCCGAAUACGUGUUUACCACACCCAAAUAUACUCUAGGUGAAUACACCAAUUUUUUUAUGUUUGUCGUGCACUCCAAACAUACAGCAGGCUUACAGCUUAAUGGGGUGAAUCUACCGUCAACCCAAGAGUACAAACAAAUCACAGGGACCAGUUACCUUGCCUCUUACGUGACUGUUUCCACUGGUUCCUACUCUUUUCGUCACACCUCUCCCAUAGUCUUCUUUGGAGGUUAUCUUUAUGGCCUCGCAAACUAUGAGUCCUAUGGAUUUCCAGCGGGAACGCGAUUAUCGCCUAUCAAUGUUCAAUGCAACAUAACAUCAGGAACCAUUCCGGACGGAAUAGACAACGACUGUGACGGUCUUAUUGACGAGGAACUGUGUGAUGGCACUUCUACAGAUGACGAUGCAGACGGACAAAUCGAUGAGGAUUGUGCGAAACCGCCACCGAUCGAUGGUCAAUGGAACGCUUGGACACAUUGGUCAGAAUGUAAAGCGUCUUGUGGAUCUAGAGCUUCAUUGAUAACCGGAGCAUCUUAUCGGUCACGUGUGUGCAACAAUCCAAAACCAGAAAAUGAAGGCUUACAGUGUCAAGGAAAUGCAUUAGAACUGUUUCAAUGUGUACCAAGCGAUUUGUGCAGUUGCUGUCCUUUAGACUUCAGUUGUGUUUCCACUAACGACACAAUUCUGUGCUACAAGGUAUAUGAUAUGUCAGGUAAAAUAAGGAAUAUCAAAGACAAUUGCGCCUCAGACGGGUACGACCUUUUAAGACUGGACAGCGAAGAAAAGGAGACUAUACUGGACAAUUCUAUGGCUGCUUUUUCUGGCACUGAUUACCUGGUUCAAGGGAAGCGUCUUUCUGAUCAAGGAGACUGGUUAUAUAUGGAUGGGGCAAGGGUGAUCGACUUCUUUACACACUGGGAUAACCAGAUCAACCCAUUCUCAAAUAACAGGAAAGAUGAGUUCAUAGUUCUCCAGACACAAAGUGGCUAUACAUGGCUUAACAGAGAGAAAUCCGAAGAGGUGUCUGGUUAUAUCUGUGAAGGAUGAGAGGAACAUCGGUACUUACGCGGUUUUUAUAAAAAAAAAUGUAUGUCUUAAUGUAUCAUUAUUAUUGAACCAAAUAGAAAUAAAUGUCACAAAUAAAAGACGGGAUUAAGGUUUAUGGGCAUUCAAAUUAAAUAAGUCAAUUUGAUGAAGAAAAAGGCUUUCCACAAUUUACGUGUACGGUAGAAUUUUGGUUUUAUGUCAUGUAAACGUAUUCGAUUGUCUUAGUCAACAGUAAGUUAACACAACUUAUUUCUCAUGUGUUUUUAAAAUAAUGCUUCAAAGCUGAACUUAUUGUAAGACUAAGAUAAACGCAUUUUUAAUAUAUUAUCUCUUUUUUAUGUGUAUUUCAUUGAAAAUCAUGACAACUUGUUUCGGUAAAAUACAAAUUAUACACUCCGUCGUGUUUGAUUAAGUAAAUCUUUACCAUACAAAAGUUUCAUUUUCACAUUUUUUUAUCCAAUCUUUGAUUCACCAAGAGUAUUUAUAUUGACUAUUAAAAUCAAGAUAGAAACGAGUUUUGAAAUAAAAUUUUAUUUGCUGCAAAGUUUUCUCGAAGUCAUUUAAUACAAAAAAUCCGCGAAAAGUGAGUUUUAAUAAUAUCGUAUAUUCAUCAUGCUUUAUCAUAAGGUCAUUUAAAUAAAGAGUUAUCAAAAAUAAAUUUUGGGAAUUUAAAAAGAUUUCAAAAUUAGAUUGUUGUCAGUGAUAACACAUUUAUUAUAUAUUUAACCUCAACUGAAUGCGCUAAUGACGAUUUUGAAAAAAAAAAAUCCGAUUUAGAUACUAGCGAUGCAUAACAAAGGUAAUUUAGUCAGUCAAAGUUUUAGCACCGUUUGUAAAGUUAUAACAACAUACGAAAAGAAAAGACAACAUUAUAGAAACAGUUUAAUAAUGCUUAAACCAAAUAUAGCAGAUUUAAAAAACCAACAGAAAACAUGCUUUAACGUAAUAUUCAACCUAUGUAAAUCAAAACAUGGCAGGAGCAUUGUUCAUAUAACAAAGACAUGAAAGUUUCCACUCAUAACUUGACAAGUACCAUUACAAAUUUAGAUGAGCCUAAGAAAAAACCUUGACGUAUUUUAAAUAUAAAAAAUAAAAGAGUUAAUCUAAAAGGAUAAACUGACCAUCCCUUAAAUAUUUUAGAAACAUUCUCCAAAACCUAACAGAAAUAAAACUAUGUUUAGCAGUGAAAUAUGAAAAGCACAAUAUUUGGUACAUGUUUAAAACUAAAUGUCGAUUUUCUUUCAAAAUAGUUCUAUCUUAACAAACUAAAUUCCUUUUUUUUUAAUUUCAAGCUAACAGACUUUGACUCUAGGAUUCAAAUUCAGUUUUUCUAAUGCUAUUGUUUACUAUUGUUAUGCUUUGGAAAUGCAUUCAUAAUGAUUAACCGAAAUUAGAGUGUGUGUCGUAAAGUAAUAAGCAAGAUACAGAGCUUACAAAUCUUUGUCAUGUAAACAAUGUGUGUGCCCUGGUUUUGUUUACAUAGGUUUAAUAUACCAGUAAAAAAUCUUUUUCAAUCUUAUAUUUCUAUUUUCUAAUUCGUUUCAAGCAUAAAUAAACAGCUCCGCGCGUUUAUCACAUUCGUUUUAAGUCUAAAACUAGAAUUUUUAAUUUCAACAUUUAAAACGUAUUCAAAAACAUGAGGUAAGCUUUUUAAGCUGUAUCUCAACGACUGACACUCAAACUUUGGUUGAUUAUUAUAAAUGUCAUACUGAAACAUUGUAAACAUUAAAAUUGGAAAAAUACUUUUUUUUACCAAAGUUGUGACCAUGCCCCUUUAAUUGCAAUCAAUGAAACUAAUGUAGAUGUUCAGUGUAUUAAUACAACCAUUUAUCUAUUUAUCUUAAAUAAACUUAAAUGAUGGUAUCAAUUAGACAAACAUCAAAACCAAUCGGUAUUGGCUGGCGUAC